GCUGCGCGGCCCCGGGCCGAGGCGCACAGGGCCUGGGUCUCCCGGUGGCCUCGGCGUCCUCGGUCUCCUCGCCGGUGACCUGCCCGCAGCCGCACCACAGCUGGAAGAUGCAGCUCCGUCUGCUGCUCCUGUUGUUGCUGUGCGAGGCCCAGGGCCACGCGGCCCCCAGGCCCAACUUUGUCCUGCUGAUGGCCGACGACCUCGGCAUCGGAGACCCUGGGUGCUACGGGAACACGACGCUCAGAACUCCUAAUAUUGACCGGUUGGCUGCAGAAGGAGUGAAGCUCACACAGCACCUGGCAGCGUCGCCCCUGUGCACACCAAGUAGGGCAGCCUUCAUGACAGGCCGGUACCCCAUCCGAUCAGGAAUGGCCUCUCAGUCCUUCAUAGGAGUGUUUAUCUUCUCGGCCUCUUCUGGAGGACUUCCAACCAGUGAGAUUACCUUUGCCAAGCUUCUCAAGAAUCAAGGCUAUUCAACAGCUCUGAUAGGCAAGUGGCACCUUGGGACCAACUGUCACAACAAGACAGACUUUUGCCACCACCCCUUGAGCCAUGGCUUUGACUAUUUCCACGGGAUCCCCGUGACCAACCUGAGGGAUUGCAAGCCCGGAGAAGGCAGCGUCUUCACCAGGGGCAUCAGGGUGCUGGUCUUCAUCCCCCUUCAGAUCAUUGCCAUCACGCUCCUCACCCUGGCGGUGCUCAAGUGCCUGGGGCUGCUCCACGUGCCCCCUGUGGUCUUCUUCUGCCUUCUGUGUCUCGCCGCCAUGAUCCUCGGCCUUCUGCUGUGCUUCCUGCAUUACUUCCGACCCCUGAACUGCUUCCUGAUGCGGAACCAUGAGAUCACUCAGCAGCCCCUGUCCUAUGACAGCCUCACGCAGAGGCUGACGGCGGACGCGGCCCAGUUCAUACGACGAAACGCCGGGACGCCCUUCCUGCUGCUGCUGUCCUACCUGCACGUGCACACGGCCCUGUUCUCGUCCCCGGACUUCGCGGGCCGCAGCCAGCACGGCGCCUACGGGGACGCUGCCGAGGAGCUGGACUGGAGCGUGGGGCAGAUCCUGAACGUCCUAGAUGAAUUGAAACUGGCCAAUAACACCCUUGUCUACUUCACCUCGGAUCAAGGAGCGCACGUAGAAGAGGUGACCACCAAAGGAGAAGUUCAUGGAGGAAGUAAUGGAAUCUAUAAAGGGGGGAAAGCAAACAACUGGGAAGGAGGUAUCCGGAUCCCGGGUAUUCUUCGGUGGCCGGGAGUGAUCCAGGCUGGACUAGUGAUAGACGAGCCGACAAGCAACAUGGACAUCUUUCCUACAGGUGGCCAAACUCAGGGAUCGCCAUUGCCCGAGGACAGAAUCAUCGAUGGCCAUGACCUGAUGCCGCUACUUCAGGGGAAGACCCAGCACUCGGAUCACGAGUUUCUCUUCCAUUACUGCAACUUCUACUUAAAUGCUGUGCGCUGGCAUCCUCGGAACAGCACGUCCGUCUGGAAGGCGUUCUUCUUCACGCCCAAGUUCAGCCCCGAGGGCGCCAACGGCUGCUUCUCCACGCACGUGUGCUUCUGCCACGGGCACUUCGUCAGCCGCCAUCACCCGCCGCUGCUCUUCGAUGUUGCCAAGGACCCCGGGGAGAGGACCCCGCUGUCGCCGGCGACCGAGCCCCGGUUCCGCGAGAUCCUCGCAGUCAUGCAGCAGGCGGCCGACCGCCACGCCGAGACCCUGCAGGCCGUCCCCAAUCAGUUGUCGCUGGGCAACGUUCUCUGGAAGCCGUGGCUUCAGAUGUGUUGCUCGUCCUCCGGCCUCUCCUGCCAGUGUGACCGGGAAAACCAGGCCAAGGGCGCGAGCCGCUAGCGGUGCAGGCGGGGACACGACGCAGGCCCGGAGCCCGCCUCGCCUGCUGCAUUGCACACGUGCACGGGGCACGUGGGGGGGGGGGGGCACCGGGCAAAGCCGGCCCUGUGGGCAUCUCAGACUGGGAGCCUGUGUCCCUCUUACCGCCCCAAUGGUCCAUCGAGAGCCCCCCGGUGACCCCAGGGGACAAACGACCGGUAAGACACACAGGGUCAAAGCCACACUUGGGGCUUCCGUGGCCCAAAUUCGUGGAGGCCUGUAAACGUGAUACGAGAGGCUCGGCGGGCACGGGCGGCUCCAGGGCACACGGAUCGGAAGGGGCGCCGGGUACCCCCCGUGCACCACUCCGCAGAUGCGCGUGAGCCGCGGGCUGACGUGCCAUCGUAUCAGCGUGUGACGCGGUGCCCGCCACCACGAUCCCCGGCACGCCAGCGGGAGCGCAAACGGCGCUCAAGAGCAUUUGCUAGAUCUUAACGUCUGCAGCUGAUGACGAGUAAAGGAGCAUCUUCUUCGCCAACGGCAGAGGACGCUACGUCGCGCGUUGGGUGGGAAGGCAGUUCUGGCCCGUGUCGUUGAGGACGCACACGGAAAGCUCGGCGGGAGACGUGCAUUGCUGCAAACGCACUUUAAUUCUUCCCUCGAGACGCCACAGGGAUUUAGACCAUAAAAUAGAAGCUUUCUGCAACUUAGGCAAAAGCAAGCGAUUCACCUGUAGUUUUUUUUUGUGCAGCAGACUUUGUGAAGUCCUCCGGGAACUACGAACUCCUGAGACCAAUCUCCCCCGAGCACAUUUCCGUCUCAGAACAUACUACAUUUGGGUUUUCCGGGUUUUUUGUUUUUUUUUUUUUUUUAGGGGUGGGGGAUGGAUGUUGUCAGAGAAAGGCUGCCCCGGGCCUGGGAAUGCUGCAGCCCGAGGGAUCCCUCCCCACGCGGAGCAGAGAGUGACCUGGUGGGGAGACCCGUCACCCGCCCCCCACGACGCGUGUCGUUCCUGCAGGAUGUGCCGAUGGCAGCGCAGCAGCUCAUGCGGACACUUGUAGGCCGAGGCCACGGGACACCGCGCCCUGCGUCCUCGCCGACACGUACCGUUUUACGUGUGCUUGUGGUGGCAUCAGGGGGUGCAGCCCCGGACCCGCCCAGGAUGCACCGAGCUGAGCCGAGGCUGCUCCUGUCACUCGCCGACACGGCUCAGCGCCCAGCGGCAGCGUCUGGAUCCCUUCCGGGGCCCGCGCGGACGGCCCAGUGCUGCCUGUCUUGCUGCGUGUGUGCACGUCCCGAGCUGGCCCGCUGCUCUCUGGGUUGCAGGACACGGCCAGGCCCGCGUGGCCGCGUGCAGGGAAGGCGCGUGCUCCGGCGUGUCCCCCGCAGGCGACCUCGGGGACCCAGCAGGGCGACUUCACGCCUUCCAUCCUUGUUCCCGCUCUCAUCAAACCUGCAAGUGCUAUUUCUGCACGCCCCCCACCCCUGGACGCGGCUGCAAGCACACAGAAGCCUCCCUUUCCACGUGCGUGUCUCCAGAAAUCGCGCCGAGUGCGUCCUGUGGCUUCAGGAGCCGCGGGAGAGCGAGCCGGCGAGCCCGAGCCCGUCGCGGGUGAGGCCGCUGACUCUUGCUACACAGGAACCAUUGCAAACCACUCUUACAACCUUGGGUUUGAAGCGGAUCGUGUUCGCUCGACGUUUAGCGCACUCAGUGCGGCUGGACUUUCGGACAACGUGGCAGGGUGGGGAGCGUGUGCUGGGGACUAGGUAAACGGAGGCGCUUUGACACGUCACACGGAGGUAUAUUAUAUCGACAGUCGUUCAGCGUGUACAAUGGCAGCUGCAAACGAAGGACACUUACACCUCUAGAAAUAAAAUCAGCUUUAAAAUAUUUGCCUCCGGGGGCGCCUGCGGGGCUCAGUCAGUACAGCGUCUGCCUUCAGCUCCGAUCAUGACCCCGGGGUCCUGGGAUCGAGUCCCGCAUCGGGCUCGCUCCUCAAGCGGGGAACCUGCUUCUCCCUCUGCGUCUGCCCCUCGCCCCGCUCGUGCGCGCUGUCCCUCUCACGUACAUAAAUAAAAUCUUAAAAAGUGUAUUUGCCUGCAAAGAACUGAGAUGACUGUUUUGAAUCAGGGUAUUUGGAAAUCACGUUUAUUCGUAAUAAGCAAAACUCCUAGGUCUUCCGAAAGUCUCGCCUGGGACGCACGGCAGGAAAUUUGAAUUCUUUUGUUCAGAAGACACGCAGCCAACCUUCUUCAUGACCCAGUUGGCUUAGCGAUGUUGUAUUUUUGCAAAGCUGUGCCAGGCUGCUUGUUUUCAAAACGUCUCACGGGUGCUACCUCCUGGGUUAUACGUCCAAACUUUAGUACGUUGUGAAGCUUUGAACAAAUUCUUUUAAAAGGAAGCCUGUGGAGUCGCAGCAUGUGACAAGCCAAGCAAACGGGCGCGUGUGCACAGGCAUCAUUUUCCGGGGCCGGUAACGCGGCGUGGGAAAGCAGAACCGCGGCCCACGUCGUCCCGGAUUCAAGGAAGGGGAGCAGACGUCAGGACGCCGUGGGACGUACAGACAAGGGUGGAGAAGAGAUGCGGGCAAGGUACCUGGUCCACGUCUGCAAAACGCUGUCUGCAACGUGACGCCCCGAUACGGGUUUCUCAAAACCUUGUUCUAAAGUCCACGCAAAGCUAAAAUAAAACUUGCAUUGGCGACAAAA